UCAGUUCUAAAACAAUAUAUCUCAGCUGAUAAUAAACAAACAAUUGAAUAAUUGACACACAGCUGAUGUAUGUUGGGUAUAUUGGGUCAACCACAGCUGAUUCCACUCUGGCUUAGAAUCAAUGGCAUUACUAAAAGGAGGACUUUGAGGAGUGAUGUUUUUGGAAACAGAAACCGAAAAAGAUGUCUGGACGAGGAAGAGUUAGAGCAAGGGGCCCAGGGAGAAGAGCAGGCCCAGUGAGAGGAGCAGUGAGAGGUGUAGUAGUGAGAGGAGCAGGAGUAGUGAGAGGAGCAGGAGUAGUGAGAGGAGCAGGAGUAGUGAGAGGAGCAGGAGUAGUGAGAGGAGCAGGAGUAGUGAGAGGAGCAGGAGAAGUGAGAGGAUCAGGAGUAGUGAGAGGAGCAGGAGUAGUGAGAGGAGCAGGAGUAGUGAGAGGAGCAGGAGUAGUGAGAGGAGCAGGAGUAGUGAGAGGAGCAGGAGUAGUGAGAGGAGCAGGAGUAGUGAGAGGAGCAGGAGUAGUGAGAGGAGCAGGUCCAGGGAGAAGAGCAGGCCUAAGGAGAGGGCAAGGUAGAGGUAUAAGAAUGCGUGGUGGUGGCAUUCUAAGGGCUACAAGGGCAGUGGUGAGUGAUGGAAUUCGUGCCACUAUCAUUGACCAUGUGAUAAACCACGGUCUUUCACUAAGGGAGGCUGGUGAAAGAGUACAGCCCAAUUUGGGGCGGUCAACGGUUGCGUCAAUUAUACGCAUCUUUCAACAAACCAACAGAAUGCAACGUCUUCCUCCCUCUGGGGGAAGAGGUAAGCUCCUUAAUCAUCAACAAGAGCUUGCCAUAGUAGAUAUGGUUGUUGCAAAUAACGCAAUUAAACUGCAUGAGAUUCAAAGCAGAAUUUUGGAGGACCAAGAGAUAUUUCACAAUAUCAAUAGCAUCAGCCUCGCAACCAUUACGCGGACAUUGUCCAAACACAGAGUGCGGAUGAAACAGCUCUACACUGUUCCCUUUGAGAGGAACAGUGAGCGAGUCAAGGUGCUACGACAACAAUAUGUCCAGAGAGUUAUGGAAUUGGAGGCCAACCAGGCCCCUCAUGAAUUCGUAUACGUGGAUGAGGCAGGAUUUAAUCUGGCCAAAAGGCGUCGACGUGGAAGAAAUGUCAUUGGAAAAAGGGCCACAGUUGAUGUUCCUGGACAGAGAGGGGCAAAUAUCACUAUGUGUGCGGCAAUUUCAAAUGCAGGAUCACUCCUCCACAAAUGUCAGGUUGGACCUUACAACACCGAGCGCCUCCUUGCUUUUCUCGAUGAUCUCCACCAGCGCCUGGUUCCAGAGCAGGAUCAGGAGGGUGAAAACAGGAGGACCUUCGUUAUCACCUGGGACAACGUGGCCUUCCAUCACUCACAAGCAGUUACAGCAUGGUUUGAGGUCCACCCAAGACUGAUUCGUCUAUUUCUUCCACCCUAUUCACCUUUCCUCAACCCCAUAGAGGAGUUAUUUUCUACAUGGAGGUGGAAAGUCUAUGACCAUCAGCCACAUGACCAGUUGUCCCUCCUUGAAGCCAUGGAUGCUGGCUGCAGGGACAUCACAGUUGAUGAUUGUCAAGGGUGGAUCAGGCAUUCCAAGCGGUUUUAUCCAAGGUGUAUCGCCUUGGAUAACAUCAGAUGCGAUGUGGAUGAAAACUUGUGGCCUAACCCUGAAGAUCGCAGGGAUUAGAUAAAGGAAUUUUGUGUUUUUUUUUAGUUCUCCCUUUUUACUGGGCUUUUUGCUGUUGCUUUUUUGUUCAUGGAUAUUUUGUUAACUUUACAGUAAACGAUACUGUAAAACGUUUUCUGUUGUAUCAUACUGUAAACAGUAUUUCUACUAUACCUCCUGUAGUAAACAGUAAAGAAAAAAAAACUGAUUCGCUUUUUACUGGAAUGCUUUUGAAUGUGAACAUUACAUGUGGAUAUACAGUACAGUUCCCAACCAAAAAAUU